GUCCGGAAAGUGGGCUUACGUCAUGUCCGGUGGGUUUCUAUCACGUGACUGUCUUAGAAACGGUGCAACAUGGCGGCGCCCCUGUGGCCACCGUUGGUGGAAGAAGAAGAACUAGUGAAACUGAGCCACAAAAGGUACAGAGCACUUUUGAAAAAAGAGAAACGGAAGAAAAAGAGACAAGCACUAGCAAGACUGAGAGAUUCAGAAAAAGGAGAGAAAGAUGAACAGGUUUCUGAAGAGCUUCCUGAAGAUAAUGAAGAAAAACAACUUGAAGAGGAAAGGCAAAGGCUUCAUGAGGAGUGGUUGCUAAGAGAAGAAAAGGCUCAGGAAGCUUUCAAGAUCAAGAAGGCAAAAGAAGAGGCAGCAAGGAAACGUCAAGAAGAGGAAGAGCAAAAAAUAAAAGAAGAAUGGGAGGAACAGCAAAGGAAAGAACAAGAGGAGGAGGACCGGAAACAACAAGUGAAGAGAGAGAGAGAGGAAGCUGUGCAGAAGAUGUUGGACCAUGCUGAGAGUCAGUUAGAAAAUGGAACCACCUGGCGCAAUCCCGAGCCCCCAGAAAAUAUAGGAAUUGAGAAAGAUCGAGCCAGCUGCCCUUUCUAUAUUAAAACUGGAGCUUGCAGGUUUGGAGACAGAUGUUCUCGGAAGCAUAACUAUCCAAGCUCUAGUCAGACACUCCUUAUCAGGGGUAUGUUUGUUACUUUUGGGAUGGAGCAGUGUAAAAGAGAUGACUAUGAUACCGAUGCAAGCCUGGAGUACAGCGAGGAAGAAAUCUACCAGCAGUUCCUAGAUUUCUAUGAAGAUGUACUUCCUGAAUUUAAGAAUGUGGGAAAGGUUAUUCAGUUCAAGGUCAGCUGCAACUUUGAACCUCAUCUUCGAGGAAAUGUGUAUGUUCAGUACCAGUCAGAACAAGAAUGUCAGGAAGCUCUUGCUUUAUUCAAUGGCCGAUGGUAUGCAGGGCGGCAGCUUCAAUGUGAAUUUUGUCCUGUAACAAGGUGGAAAACAGCUAUUUGUGGUUUGUUUGAAAGACAAAAGUGUCCAAGAGGGAAGCAUUGCAACUUUCUUCAUGUAUUCAGAAAUCCAAACAAUGAGUUUUGGGAGGCCAACAGAGAUAUUCACAUUUCCCCUGAAUGGACUAAAGAGACAAGAAACUCAGAAAGGAGAAAUAGAAUGGGAUACCAUGAAGAAUAUUAUAGCAGGUCAAGAAGAAGAAGCAGUCCAAGUCCAGAUUAUGCUUACAACAAAAGAAAUGGAGAAUCUGAAAGAGAGAAGAGCCAUCACAAGCAUAAGAAAAGACAGUUUCCCAAGAGAUCACGAAGUCGUGGAAGGCGGCGGUCCCAUAGUAGAAAGAAAAGAGGGCGGAGUCGCAAUAGGAGCCUGACACGUAGCUGUAGCAGAAGCUCCUCUCGGUCAAGAAGUAGAGGCAGAAAAAGAUCUAAUAGUAGAGGCAGAAACAGUUGAAUUUAUUAUUACUUUUCAAUAUAUUUGUAUAUAAAAACUAGUACUCCCAGAGCUGUUGCACACUAGAGACCCUCUGGUGUACUCCUGUCCUCCAGAAAUAGGGCUGAUGUACACUGGGCUAGUCUAAAUUUUUGCAGUAAUUAUUUAAGGUAGCGAGAAUGCAUCACAUCUCUACAAAACUCAUUUACUCAAUUGCUUGCUAUUCUGACACAGAAUUCUGGUGUUCUCUAUUCAUCCCUGUCAUUCUAAUGUAAACAGUGUACUGUAAUCAAACAAUUGCUCUGAAGUUCUACCAAUCAUUCCUUUAGAGAUUUGUGAAUAAAUGUAAUAUGUGCUUUUGGUUUUUUUAAAUACUACAGUAACUUUUUGUUUGGAUAGGAUAUACUUCCUUGUGCCAUUUAGCAAUUCUGUAUGGAAAAGCCUUCAGGGUGGUUACCCUUACAAGGAGAAAAACCCCUCAGCACAGGAGUGGGCUGCUUAUGAUCAUAUGAAAAGCAGUGUAAACUUGUUGGCAGAACUAUCAUGCACUCAAAAAAUGAAGGUUUGGGGUACCUUAAAGACUAACAAAUAUCAGCUGCCACACGAUUGUUAUUGCUGAGGCUAAUAUUAUCCCUUCUGGAAAUUCAUAUACGUGAGUAAUAGAAGCAAACUACCCUCUUAUUAUUGAUAAAGCAGAACAGCAAAGCAUCUUAUAUAUAUUUUUAAAAAUUCUAUCUUUUGGUAUGAAAUAGGGGGUAGGUCUAAUGAAUGCACAUAAUUGCCUUGAUGAAUUUCUUGACUAUUCAGUUCACUGGUGUUAGUGUGCCUUCCAUCUGCACUCAGGCCAGUGUCUUUGGUGGGAGAACUAGCAAAGUUGCUUGUUUUGGCCUACUUUCUAAAUGAGUAUACCAGAACAUACCCUGUGCAAACAAUGGACAAUAGCUGCAGGAGAAGAAUCCUGCCAUGAUGGCCAGACCUAAGCUCAGAUUCGAUGGUGUUUACCACUCUCAAUCAUAAAAGCAAGAAGGGCUUUGUACAUAAAUGCCCUUUCUUCAGAAUCCUGAACGGAACUGUUAAAACAAAACCAUGCUGUUGCUAAUGUGUUUUUGUGUAUCUGUUUUGCAUGGAUAAGGAAGCAGAUACAAAACUUGUCUCAGACUUCUGAAGUGUCAUAUAUGCAGUAGUUUCUCUUGUAGAGCGGUAAUUCAGAACAUACCUCAAAAUAUACUCCUGUGUAAUCACAUCUUUCUGGAUCAGCACAACCCACUCACUAGGAUAAAAUACAGCUCUGUAAAAAGGGAAAUUGUCUUUAUUUUGGGGGGGGGCUAUUGAGACCAAAUGAGCUGCGAUGUAUAGAGAGACUGCAUGUUUUGUACUUUGUCACUUUCAGUAAGAAAAAAUAUAGGAAUACAUAUUCAAAGCAGUAAUGUGCACCCUCCCAUG